UACUAAAUGAAUCUAAUUGUGAGUUGUUAGAAGUUAAAAAGUCUGAUUUAGAUCCUUAUGAUAGUGGAAGCAAUCAUAUUUUAUUAGAAGAUUUGUCCUUUAAUAGCAAUGAUCAAUAUU